AUGCGGGGGAACUCGCUGCUCCAACUCUUCGUCUGGGCUUCUAAAGCAAUACCACCGCCAGAACCAAAUCCAGAUCCGUUCUUUUCUCCAGAGACGGGCGAGCCAUCCUUUGUCGUUCACCCCGAGACUUUUUCUGCAAACGUAACUCAAAACCACAUCCGAUUGCGCAAUCCCUCCAAAACUGGUCGCUCCUUUGCGCCCACUGGUACCGUCCGUACUCCGUACCGAACCGCACCAUCCAUGGCUGUCCCAUGCUUGCAUGCUUCCCCCCUACUGCAUAGCAUGCAAACCCCGCCGUGCCCGCCUGGCUGCCCACCCGGGUCGCAGAUUUGCUACCUAGGCAAAGUCCAGUCCCAUGCAACAGCCCAGGAAAAGGGUCGCUCGACGACGUUUCCUCGACGCCCCCUGCCCGACACGUCUCUGACUCUGGAUGGUGUGCUGUGCUGUGCUGUUCUGUUCUUAUAUUUCAGACUCGACGCUCAUUUUCGUCCUUUCGUCUUUUUGCCUCAACUUGUGCUGAGCCGAGUCUGCCCCUUACACCACUCGCUCGUUGCUCUUCACCCACAUCAUUUCUCGGCAAUUCCUUCAAGCGCCCUCUGGGAUACCUUGAUCCAACAGCUCAAAGCCACCCGGGCUCUUCAUUCCAGCACAAUCACAGAGGCAUUGCUCCGGAUCGUCAUCAUGACUGCCGUUGUGACCACGGCCCCAUUGGGCGUCGACCUUCUGGCCCAAAGCAUCAAGGAGAAUACAGCCAUCAACAUAGCUGAGGUCGACAUCAACAACACGGACAGAUUCCUCGUCCACUCUCCCUACACAGAACCAGAGCACUUGCUAGAUCUCGAGACCCUGGAUGAUGAAAACGCCCUCCUCGCCAGGGCGCUGUCUCAGAUGGAGUGCCUCCGCGCGGACUACGCCACGGCCGGCUACGUUGAAUCCUUCAAUUGGGACCAAGUUCUCGGCGAGCUCAAGCGCCUCGUCCAAUCCACUGGAAAAACAUUCAAGGAAACUUCCUUUUACAUUGUGGCAUUCCGCUCGACGAUCCCGCCAUCAACAAUCUAUGAAGAUCUCGGCGUUUUGGACAAGGCCGCGCAUGCCGAAGCCAACCAAUUCGGGGGAUUCUUGAAAUAUUGGUUCGGAAGUCCCGACUCAGAAGGAAGAAAUUUGGCAACGUGCGUCUGGCGGUCGAGACCAGAUGCCGUCAAAGCCGGCCACGGUCAGGCUCAUCGUCGAGCAAGUCGUGCGACAGCGUCCAUGUACUCGUUCUGGAAGAUUGAUCGACACCGCCUCAUCACGGACGGGCAGGUAAAACAAAAGUGGCUAUUUGCGGCGUUUGGUGAUUUGGAGAAAAUGUCGCAAUCGGACUGGUCAAUGAGCAAUGAGACACCACAAACAGAGCGUAUGAUCCAACGCGCCGUACCUAUCCCACCUUACACUUGCAUCCAAGUGAUGGUCCUGUUGCAAAUCAUUCUGGCUGAUGAAGCGAAAGACGAGGGGAUGGCGAAUACUGAAGCAGGAGCAGGAGAGUCGAAUGGGCCAGGUUAUGAAGAGGAAGAUGGAAGGAGGGAAGCGCAGGACGACAAGAUGAGACGACGACGUGGCGUGUGGAAUCUGUUACGGAUCACCGUGGGAGAGAAAGACGGCGGUGUGGGUCCUGAACUCUGCCGCCUGACACCGCCCGACAGCCCACAAUCCCUCCCACAAUUCGUUGUAGCGAAAAGUUCGAUAUUUCGCAACACGACGAGACGACUGCCGCCCCUCUCCUCGAAUUCCGACCGCCAAGUUAACGCGACACCAACGAUCCCGCUGCCGCAGACUCAAAACCAGGCCACCGAAUUUUUGAACCUGCACGAAUCUUUCUCCGAUCGUAUCGCAAAUAUGGGUGACGUUAUCAAGGAGGUGCCGCUCACGGCGGUCCGCGUUGAGGCCCUUGUGGUGAUGAAAAUCGUCAAGCAUGGCUCCGCGACCUUCCCCACGACCGCCACCGGUUCCAUCGUCGGCAUGGACGCCGACGGUCUCCUCGAGAUCACAAACACCUUCCAGUUCCCCACGGUCGACGUCGCAAGCACCGACAGCCACCAAAACAGCCACCAGAACGAUGCCUCGGCCCUCGCUGCCGCUGCUCCCCGCCAGAAGGCCAACAUUGUCUACCAGAACGACAUGAUCAAGCACCUGAAGGAGGUCAACGUCGACGCUAACAACGUCGGCUGGUACACCAGCGCUGCCAUGGGCAACUUUGUCAACCUUAGCUUCAUCGAGAACCAGUACCACUACCAGAAGGACAACGAGCGGACAGUCGCCCUCGUCCACGACGUCAGCCGCAGCUCCCAGGGCUCCCUGAGCCUGCGCGCUUUCAAGCUCACCCCGGCAUUCAUGGCGGCAUACAAGGAGGGCAAGUUCACGACUGAGAGCCUGAAAGCCUCCAAGCUCACCUUCAAGGACAUUCUCGCCGAGCUCCCCGUCGAGAUUCACAACACCCACCUUCUGACCUCAUUCCUGCACCAGCUUCCCGGCCUCCCCGAGCAGGACAAGAUCGAGUCGCCCAACUCUUUGUCGGAUCUGCGCGACGACCCCCUCAAGCAGCAGCUCCACCCCUCGGUCGAGAACCUCGACCUCUCGAUAGACCCCUUCCUCGAGAAGACGUGCGACCUCCUGCUCGAGAGCAUCGAGUCCCACUACACCGACCUCAACAACUUCCAGUUCUACCAGCGCCAGCUCGGCCGCGAGCAGGCCAAGAUCACGCAGUGGCAGACCAAGCGCAAGGCGGAGAACGCGGCGCGCGCGGCGGCCAAGCAGGCGCCGCUGCCCGAGGACGAGUGGCAGAGGCUGUUCAAGCUGCCUCAGGAGCCCAGCCGGUUGGAGGGCAUGUUGAACGCGAAGCAGGUGGAGCAGUACAGCAAGCAGGUGGACGGAUUCACGGCCAACAUCAGCGCCAAGAUGUUUGCCGUCAGGGAGAACCUGCUGCCCAAGCGGGCUUAG